CAGCAGUACAAAGCGCCUUUUCAGAUUCUCCAAGCUCUAGCGAGAGAAAGAGAGAGAGAGACGCACAUUGCCUCAGUCGGUGGAGCGAGCGCUCUGCUUCGACGACAUCGACAUCCUCCCUCAAGGCCUGGGAAUUGUGUUUACCAUGGAGAAGUCGAAUGUUGAAGCAGAAAAUGAAGAGGAGCAACCCCUGGAACCUAAGCCAUUACUGUCACUAGCACCGAUGUUCCCUACUCCUAGUGGAUAUGAUGUGGCAACUCAAUCAGCCGAUCCACCAGUAGUCCAUGUCACGCCAUUCACGCCCACCGGCUCCUCAUCAACUAGACCAGCUGCAGCUUCGUUUGAUCGGCCAUUUACACUGUCACCAGUGUCGGUAGCAUUACGAACGCCGAGACAUGAAGUUGAAUUAUCGGCUGAAUAUUUAAAGCCUUUUCUCAAACAGAAAAAAACAACAUCGGCGAAGAGGGUUCGACCGACUAAAGAAUCCAGUGAAGACAAUAUCAACCGGAGGUCGAUAAAAAAGAGCCUGAAUGAAAACCUCGUCUCGAUCGCAUGGCCCUCCUCAUUAGACAACCCACGAGAAUCAGUAGAAGAACUUCUGAUUAUGUUCGAUUCGCUCCGGCGCCGUACGGUACAAUUGGAUGAAAAGGAGGAUACAAGUAGACGGGCUGACAUGAAGACGGGCACACUCAUGAUGAGUAAUAACCUGAGAAUCAAUCAUGUCAAGACAAUAGGGCAUGUGCCUGGUGUCAAAAUUGGAGACAUUUUCUUCUUCAGGAUUGAAAUGUGCAUUGUGGGUUUGCAUGCACCAGCCAUGGGUGGCAUCGACUACAUGCCUAUUAAGGAUGUCGGGAAAGACCAGACUCUGGCUGUGUGCAUCCUCUCAGCUGGUGGCUACGAGAAUGAUGAACAAGACACAGACAUUUUGGUGUACACAGGCCAGGGCGGCAACAGCCGAAAAAAGGAGAAACAUGACCAGAAGCUUGAGAGAGGUAACCUGGCUCUCAUGAACAGCAAAAACAAGAAGAGUCAGAUAAGAGUCGUGCGCAGCACGCGUGACCCUUUCCAUCACUCGGACAGAAUUUAUAUAUAUGAUGGGCUCUAUAGUAUUGAAGAUUCAUGGAUAGAAAAGGGAAAGAAUGGUUUCAAGGUUUUCAAGUACAAGCUGAGAAGGGAAAUAGGGCAACCUGAUGGAAUUUCAGUUUGGAAGAUGGCUCAAAAGUGGAAAGCAAAUCCUGCUGCAAGGGAAAAUGUUAUACAGAUGGAUUUAUCAUCAAAGGUUGAGAACUUACCUGUGUGCCUUGUUAACGAAGUUAGCGAUGUGAAAAGACCAAUCCACUUCAAUUAUGCUACUGGGGUGAAGUAUUUAAUACCACUCAAUAGGGAAACACCUGUACAAAAUUGCAAGUGUCGCAGUCUGUGCUUGCCUGGUGACAUAAAUUGCUCGUGUGCACGACAGAAUGGCGGUGAUCUUCCAUACAGCUCAUCUGGACUGCUUGUGAGGCACAUUCCGAUGCUUUACGAGUGCUCUUCUAAUUGUCAGUGUUCUCAACAUUGUCGAAACAGGGUCACACAAAAGGGUAUUAGACUAAGUUUUGAGGUUUUCUGGACUGGAGACCGUGGAUGGGGCCUCCGGUCUUGGGACCCUAUCCAUGCCGGCGCAUUUAUCUGUGAGUAUACUGGUGAAGUUACUGAUAAGAUGAAGAUGAACACAGAUGAUAAGGAAGAUGAUUACAUCUUCCAUACGGCAUGUCUCAAUGAUAAGGUUUUAAGAUGGAAUCUGGGUGCAGAAUUACUUGAAGAAACAAGUAGAGAUAUCGCAACUGAGAGCCCUAAGCAAUUACCUAUGGUGAUAAGUGCAAAAGAUUCAGGCAAUGUAGCUCGUUUUCUGAACCAUAGUUGUUCCCCGAAUCUCCUUUGGCAGGCCGUACAGUAUGACCAUGGUGAUGAUAGCUACCCGCAUAUUAUGUUCUUCGCGAUGAAACAUAUUCCUCCGAUGACCGAACUGACCUACGAUUAUGGUAUAAGAGGGGCUCCUCCUGGCUUUAAGAACAAAUUUCCCAAAGCUUGCAAGCUGAAGGCAUGCCUCUGUGGAUCUAUAAACUGUCGAGGUUUCUUGUGACAAAAAGAUAUGCUGGGCAUGUGUGAACAUAUCUACUAAUCAAGGUAAAAUUUGUCAUCACCUCAGUGCACUGAAGGUCUUUUCUUUACUGGUCUAGUCGGAAAUAAAAACAACCUCUGUAUUUUGGACGCAGAAAACAGAGAAUGCACUGUACCAUAAUGGAUGCAUGAAAUGCUUCACAUUUUGUGGUUAAAGUUGGAGAUGAUGGAUGUGUACUACUCCCUAGUGACAUUAAGCAUGGAGCAUCAUCAUGUGGAAUCAGUUAAUGUUGUACUAAUACUUGCUUCUGUGAAAUGAUGACAAGAAUUAAUGUGCGCGUUUAAUUUUGCUUCUGUGAUUGAUGACUUCAAUUCUACAAGACUAAAUUUGCACGAAAGUACCAAAUUGUUUGAUUGCACAAAGUUUGCAAAACAUCCUUGGCAUGUCUCCAAACGAGAACUUAGAUCUCAGCAUACAGGCUUUGCA